AUGGCUAUUGUUUUCUAAGUAAAGACGGCUGCUUUCGACACACCGUCUUUGAACUUGGAUAGAGCCAACCCUGGCAGAUGGCCCGUGAUGGAAACGUAACUACUAAAUUAUUAAACGCUCCUCAGCCAAUCGCCAUGUGAUGUUCACUUUGGCCAUAUUGUGUACAAAAUAUGACUUGGAGUUAUCAAGCUGGGUUUCCAACAAGAUGUGGUUAGGAAUACAUGUCGAUUUUUACGAUCGUUUGAUUGUGGACUGAGUAGCCACCGACCGCACUUCAAAAUGUUUAACUUGAAACGGUUCACGCACCGCGGUAAAAGACGGCAGAUAGCGAGCGAGUUCUCGUCUAAAAUCGUCGAGAUUAUUCGCUCACAACAUUUCCACGUCGAGGAAUUGACUGUCAGUAAACACAGGGUGAAUCUUUCGCAAGCUUGUGUGCUACUUUGGAGAGAUUGGUUCACGGGAGAUGUCGACGGCCUUUGGACGAAUUCCUCGCGUUUAGCAGCGGCGUACGCCUGUAUCUUCCUAGAGCUGAUAGCGCUCGGCAAAAUCUCGUGUAAACGUCACGAUGUAUGCGGAAAAACAGCGAUUAAAGUUAAGAUUUUAGAUCGCGAUAUAACAAACUCGUAUCUGGACCAGACUGUGUUCUGUCACAUGUUAAGAUUGGACAAGACGGAGCAAGAAAUGACUUUGGACGAAUACUUGCUUGCGGCCAUGAAAUGGCGGUGUUGCAGACGCAGAAACUGCGCAAGUUUGACGCUGGAAAGUUUGGAUGAUUUGGAGAUACUGAGGAGGGACGGUGAAUGUUGGGGAUUCAAUAGACUGUAUAAAACCGUCGAUCUAGAACCAUAUGCUUUGCUGGAGAAAGAAAUUCGGUCGAUCGCUCUGAAAUCCAAACAGCCCGAUUGCUACAUGAGAAUUCUACUGACGUUAGUGAGCAUUGCGGAUUCUAACACCCCCAAAAGAAAUCAACUUCUUAAGAGAUUUUUCACGAAAAAUGAGUACUUAGGCGCGAUUGAACGCAUACAGACGUUGGCGAAUGGUUGGAAUUUUGAGGCGAAAACUUGACUGAGACCCUCCCGAUUCUGCCGAAUUCGAAUUGAAACGCGUAUUGCCGCUGGCACAAUGCAUAGCAACCGCGUCGCUUGUGUAUAUAUUUUUGUCCCGAUAUUUCGGUGAAUCCUUGAUGGUAUUAACCGAUGAACUCGUUGAAUUCUGGAACGCGAUAACAGUUCAAUAAAAUGCACUGGUCGGGCGAAACCAAGAUGGCGGCGAUCACUGACGUAAUUCUUCCAGAGCGUAAACACUUUAUAUUCAGUCAAUUUUGGGCUAAUUUAGGUUGUUUUGCCGCAAAAUAUCAGCUGUAUCACGUACACUUGAGUUUGUUUUAUUGUAAAAAUUAUUUGUAUUGUAUAUUGAUUAUUUGCUCGCUAUAGUUUACGAGCUAUUGUCCAGAAAAAUCCUAAACACGCGAGAUUUGGGCAAUUUUCAAAUUUGCAGGCUCCACAUUGUUAUGAGCAGAACCGCUGCGCAAAUGCGACUGGAUAUUACCUUUUAUGAUAGGGUACUGUAUUAGAGGUAGAGAAGGUUCUAUUCUUCGCUAAGGACGACGUUGUAUUUUCCGCGACGUACCCGGGUCUUAAAAAUUGUAUAUUAUGUGUCUGCUUCCAAUAUAUUGAUCAAGUAAUUGAAU